AACUGUCAGGAGUUCGCCAUCGUUGCUUCUAGAGCAGCUUGCAGAGAUUCUGAGGUCCAGCAGCAGUUGACUCCGGUGGUUCGGCAGCAGUGGACUUUGGGUUCAUCCAUCGUGGCCGUCGUCUUCCGUCAUCGACAGAUUCGAACUGAAAGCGAGGCGGCGGAGGCGCCCCUCUUGGCUCGGCUGCCGCUGUGUUCACACGGAGGAAUCAGAUCAGCAUACAGCACCGAAGCAAGGCACUAGCGCAAUCGAGAAAAGCGAGCAAUCCAAUCCAGGGGGAGGAGGAUGGCGGCGGCCGUGGCGUCGCUGUACCGGCGGGUCCUCCCGUCGCCGCCGGCGGUGGACUUCGCCUCGCCGGAGGGCAAACGCCUCUUCGCGGAGGCCCUGGCGGCGGGCACCAUGGAGGGCUUCUUCCCCCUGGUCUCCUGCUUCCAGACGCAGUCGGAGCCGGCCUUCUGCGGCCUCGCCUCCCUCGCCGUCGUCCUCAACGCGCUCGCCAUCGACCCCGGCCGCCGCUGGAAGGGGCCCUGGCGGUGGUUCGACGAGUCCAUGCUCGACUGCUGCGAGCCCCUCGACAAGGUCAAGGCCGAGGGCAUCACCUUCGGCAAGGUCGCCUGCCUCGCGCGCUGCUCCGGCGCCGACGUUCAGUCCUUCCGCGCCAACCGGGUCACCAUCGACGACCUACGACGGCAUCUCCUCCGAAGCGUCGCCUCCCAGGACUGCCAUCUUAUCGCCUCCUACCACAGGCAGCCUUUCAAACAGACUGGAACUGGGCAUUUCUCCCCAAUCGGUGGCUACCAUGCCGGACAGGAUAUGGCGCUCAUCUUGGAUGUCGCUCGCUUCAAAUACCCUCCCCAUUGGGUUCCAGUGCAACUUCUUUGGGAUGCAAUGAAUACAACUGAUGACUCAACUGGACUUCUUAGGGGGUUCAUGCUUAUAUCAAGAAAGACAGCAGCCCCUUCAUCGUUGUACACAGUGAGUUGCAGGGAUGAGAACUGGAAAAGUAUAGCAAAGUAUUGUGUUGAAGAUUUACCAAAUCUUUUGAAGGGAGAGAAUCUAGAUAAUGUUCAAACACUUUUGUCCUGUUUAAUUGAGUCUCUUCCAGCUGAUGCUGAAGCUUUGAUCAAAUGGGUUGUUGAAGUUAGGAGAAAGGAGGAAGGGGGACCAAGCUUAAGCAAAGAGGAGAAAGAAAGGCUUUUCUCGAAGGAAAAUGUUCUACAACAAGUUCGUGAUACCAGGCUAUUUGCCAUAGUCCACGACCAACAAUAUGCUAAUAACCCAUGUUGUAAUUGCUCAUCGUCGAGUGAAGAAGAUUCCCUCACUAGGAUUGCAGCCGUUGUCUGCUGUCAGGGAGCUGCAAUGCUAUCAGGAAACUUUGCAUCAAGACAUGGUUUCUGCUGCAGUGAAACAUGUUUAAAAUGUGUCCAAGCGAAUGGUGAUGGCCUUAAGACUGUUAUCUCAGCCUCUGUGGUAUCUGAAGGCAAUGAACAGGGUGUUGAUAUGCUUUUACCAAUGUCUUCACCUGGUGCCAGUUCGUGCAAUUCAAACUUGAAGAAGAAUGCCGUGAAAUAUCCAUCAAGCGCAGAUGUUCUAACUGUUCUUCUGCUGGCUUUACAUCCCAGCACUUGGUUGGGCAUCAAAGAUGAGAAGCUUAAAGCCGAACUUCAGACUCUUGUUUCAACAGACAAUCUACCUGAUGAACUUAAACGAGAGAUAAUGCAUCUAAGGCGGCAACUUUAUUAUCUGAAGGCUUGUAAAGAAAAGGAGGAAGAUGAAGAUGACGAUCCACCAUCACAAAAAUAACAAUGCUAAAGCGGGAAUGUGCCACGGCAUAAAUUUAUUUACUAGAAAUUUAUGUCAAGAGAAAAGUUAUGAGACAGUGGUUCUUGACUAUAAUGAGCAGAAUUAUGGUAGUAAUGAUGAUGCAUAUCUUAUUGAUGAGAUCCGAUGUUA